UCGAAGAAGUGUAGAUUUUGUGAACAUUGUGGUGACCACAACCGUUGACUAGUGGAAACUGAGAAAAGGGCCAAAGGGGCCAAAAUUACAGAUGAACUUGGGUGUCGCAAGGUCUUCUGCGAUGGCUCUAUCAGCGGCCAAAAAUGCUCGUAUCCUACAAUUUGGUUUACCAUUGAAUGGAGUGGGAGCCAUCUAUUCUGCUGGAAACCACAUCCUGAACAAUUGCCUGUAUUCAUCUGAUGUCAAAUUCAUCAAAACUGUUGAUCCAGCACAACUUAAACGUGGAAGAGGGGGCCGCAGCUCAUUUUCUGGAAAUGUUUGCACCAUAUUUGGUGCUACAGGAUUCAUGGGAAGAUAUGUGGCCAACCGGUUUGGCAAAACUGGGACUCAGCUUGUGAUCCCUUACCGCGGGGAUUAUUAUGACGCUCGCCACUUGAAGCUUGUUGGUGACUUGGGGCAGGUUGUGUUCUGCCAUUACCACUUGUGUGAUGAAGAAGUCAUUGCCAAAGCCAUGAAAUAUUCCAACAUUGUUGUAAAUUUAGUGUCCAGGGAUUGGCCUACUAAAAACUUCACUCUCCAUCAAGUUCAUGUAGAAGGUGCUGCUCGACUUGCUCGGAUUGCCAAGAAGGUUGGAGUGGAGCGCUUCAUCCACGUGUCUGCUCUCAACUCUGAUAGGAACCAUGAGGGCACCAUAAUCAGCGGUGGAUCCCCUUUCUUGGCCGCCAAGGGUGAGGGCGAGAAAGCUGUGCUGGCCGAGUUCCCUGAGGCGAUCAUCAUCCGUCCGAGUGAUGUCUAUGGCUCUGAGGAUCGCUUCCUCAGGUACUACGCCCACUUGUGGCGCUCCGACGCCCGGAGCUUGUCCGUGCCUAAAGCUGGACGCGGCAUCUUCAAGCAGCCUGUGUAUGUGGGAGACGUGGCUCAGGGCAUCGUCAACGCCGCCCUCAAAGACCUCGGUGCCGAGGGACAGAUCUACCAGGCUGUCGGACCGCGACGCUACGAGUUGCGCGAGUUGGUGGAGUGGUUCCUGCGUGUGUUGCGUCGGGGCCCCGGCCUGGAAACCUGCACCACCAUCAGAGACAUCAAGUUUUAUCCCAUGCCUUUUAUCAAAGCUAAAAUGAACGAAUUCCUCCCUUCUUUCCCCAUCAAUUUUCAGACUAAAGAAAAACUUGAACGAGAGACUGUAACUGACAUAGUGUCGCCGAAGCUGCCCACGCUCGAGGACCUCGGUGUAAUUCCUAUCAAGAUGGAGGAGCGGAUAGAGUGGGAGCUGCGGCCCUACAGGGCUUUCGAAUCCUAUGAAGAAGAGAUCGGGGACUUCCCUAUUCCUCAUCCACCCAAGUACAUUGAAGCUUAACUCAAGUGAAAACUUCGAGGAAUUAUGUUAUGGUUCAGUUUGGCGCAGGUAACAGCUGCUGCCUAAUCAAGAAAAUUGUCUGCGUGGAUCAUUCUUGGGGAAUAUUUUCACUUUCCCUUAAUUUUAUUAGAGUUAUUAUAAUGCCUCACAAUAAAAUGUACCGUUCCGUUCCCACUUGAAUCGACUGAUAUUCUUUUGCUUAGAGAUUAAAACUUGAAAAUGCACCAUUGUCGGCUUAUGCAAAAUUGAUUUCAUUUGUUUAUAUGCACGAAAGUCUAACUUGAAGAAGCAUCUUUCAAGCUUAUUUAACGUCUUUCAAGCCUAGAACUUCCUUUUGUAUUCUAUUCAUUAUGGUAUCCGAUCGCUCGUUCAUAUAGAUUCUUAUCGCAAGCUGAGCAGGAAUGGCAACACAGUCUUAUUUUCAUUUAAUUGGCAGUCGAGCAAUAUUUGGGACGCUAUUCUUUAUUUAUAAGAGCAAA